CUGGAUGGGACAUUUCCAGGAAUACACCACUCACACCUCUCUCCUUAUUCCAUUUCUUUCCACCGGCAGUGUGCUUUUCACAGGACGGGCCUGCUGUUCUCCAUGGCGACAGGCACCUGGGCCGAGGGAAGCCGCAACAAAGCAAGAUUCCAAGCUGUGGGUGAUGUUCAGCGGAGGGCCACCCCAAAAAAUCUCCCUCAAAACAAAAGACGGGAUGCAGGAGACUCCAAGGCCCACCAGCCUCUCUCGCACUCAUCUUCUACUCCGCCCAAAGAUUCAGACCUCCUCCCCUAUGUCCUCCCUUCACACCCUGACAUCCUCUUCUCUAACUUACAGAGACUUAAGGAGGAAGAGCUACUCCUGGACUGCGCCUUCACAGUCCAAAGAAGCACAUUCAAGGCCCAUAGGCUUGUCCUGGCAGCGGCCAGUCAAAGCCCCAGUUCAUUUUUGGGUGCAAAACAAAAGUCUGGGCCUGAGCUGGAAGAGCUCGCUAGCUGUUCCACUCCACUCGGGUUAGGAGCGAUUCUCCAGUUCGCAUACUCUGGAGAUGUCGCUUUGGACUUGAGUAAAGAGGGGGUGGCAGAGGAGGUGCUGGAUGCCUGUAAGCGUCUCCAGAUGGAGAGGCUGAGGGAGAGGUGCAGGGCCGGGGUCACGACCCCCGCUGCAACGGAGCGGCAGAAGAGCCUGGCUACCAUUAAGGACAUGUGGGACAAGGGGGUGGGGUGUGACAUCACAAUACAAGCCGAGACCGGUGAGAGGUACCCAGCUCACCGUGCGGUCUUGGCAGCUGGUGGGGACUAUUUCCGGGCUCUGCUAUGCGGAGGCUUGCGGGAGUCCAGAGAAGACGUUGUGUGUCUGCGAGGCGUGCCAUUCUGGGUAAUCAAAUCCAUGCUCUGUUUCUUCUACACGGGUCAGCUCGGGCUGGGCUGGAGCCAGAUCUGGGAGCUGACAGCUGCAAUGAUUCAGUUCCAGCUGGAGGGGGCGCUCUCGCUCUGCACUGACUUUUUACAGAGUAGAAUGAAUGAGAGUACCUGUCUAGAUGUCUUGGUCCUGGCAGAGACUUAUGGCCUGGUCCAGCUGAAGCAGGCUGCAGAGGAAUACACUUUGGCCCACUUCCAGUGCAUCUCGACUGGGGAGAGGUUCAAGGAUGUCCCCUACGUCUUCCUGGACAGGCUGCUGCCUAAAGACUCAUUGUGUGUGGAGAGAGAGAUUGCAGUGUUUCGGGUAGGGGUGAGCUGGGUCGAGGACCACCCAAAAGAAAGACUGCCACAUCUGGCCGGCCUUCUUUGUCAUGUUCGUUUCCAACUCCUAAGCCGGUCCGAACUGCGGGAGGCUCUGAGCUGCAGCCUGUUGCACAGGACCCCCGGGACAAGGGGAACUCUAGAAAUCCUCCGGAGCCUCUUGGAAGGCACCUACAGAGGCGCCGAAUGUCAGCCUCGCACCCCAAACCAGGUUUUGGUUUUGGUGGGCGGGGACACAGUCAAUGAUGAGCUCACGAAGAGAGUUCAAAGCCGGACCUUGUGGUUCGCUCAACAGUUCCACCGGGGCCCCGGUCUAAUAAGAAGCAUACAAUGGAAACCACUCACAAAGAUUCCAGAGACACCCAGGUUCAGACACUGUAUCUGCCUCCUCAACAACCAGCUGUAUGUCCUAGGGGGGCGAAGGUAUUAUGGAUCACUGGAUAUCCUUAAGUCUGCCACAAGGUUUGACGUGCUGCAGCGUAAAUGGGAAAAGCUGCCCGACAUGCUGUGCCAAAGGGACAACUUUGCUGCUGUGUGCCUAAAUGAGAAGAUUUUUGCCCUUGGUGGUAACUGUGAUGACAGUGAAUACCUGGAUACUGUGGAGUCCUACAGUCCUACGGAGAACACCUGGAGGCUGGCUCACCAUCUGGACGUAGCCGUCUGUGGUCAUGCAGCAGCUGUCCUGGACGGGCAAAUCUACAUCUCUGGUGGCUGCGAUGCCCAUCAACACUGCCUCCCCACUAUGUGGACCUAUCAUCCCUCCCAUGGCUGUUCUCUGAGAGCCUCCAUGAGCGCCGGAGCCGGUCGUGCCGGCCAUGUGAUGUUAUCCUUAGCGAGCAGGUUGGUGGUAGCUGGAGGGCUGCAGCCGCUCUGGCCGGGCUUUGGAGACCAACUGUUUUGUGAGCUAUACGACCCAAAAUGCAAUUCUUGGUCCUUCUUUCCUGCCCUGCCUAAGCCUCACCUGAGUGCUGGAGCAACUGUUCUGGACGGGCGGCUGUACGUAGCUGGGGGGUCUUCAGCAGACACGGCCAGAGAUACAAAGCUGGUGCAUUGCUAUGACCCCAAGAAGGGGUGCUGGGAAAACCUGGGAGGCAUGCCCCACCCGUACACCGAUCUGGCUGUUUGUUCCUUGUCGCUUCCCAACUCUCCUGAUCAAAAAAGCUCUGGAUGAGUUUUGGGUUGAUUUAAAAAUAAAGAUAAAUAUAUGCAUCCAUCCAUUGUCGGUACCGCUUAUUCCUGGUAGGGUCGUGGGUGGAGGGGCGGGGGUCUUACUGGAGCCCAUGCAAUACAAAAGGUUUACCAUGGUGCAGAAAAAUAGAAAUGUCUCGGCUCAAAAUUUUUAAAAGAACUUUACAGAAAAAAUGUUGAGAUCAUACCAGCUACUUCAGUUAUGUAAACUUGGCAAAGGAGAUGUGGAUCACAGAUAUGCACGCCCUGUGUCAACCUGUCAUGGGCUGUGAGUUUCUCUAUUUUGCUUUUGUUUUUUUGUUUUCUCUUUUUUUGUGGUGAAUUUUCCUUGUUUCUUUAUCAGUUUUUCUUUCCAUUCAGUCAUUCAUCUUUGCAUUCACUUAACCUGCAGUCUUUGUCUCUUUUCCUUUGUGGGUUUCGCUUUGGUGGUUUUAUGCUCCCAAUUACUGUUUCUUUAUUAGUUGGGUACACUUAAUCUUUCUUUGUUUACUUUGAUCAGUAUUUCAGUAUUGUCUGUUUAUUGUGUGUGUUUUUCUCUCACAGUUCCCUUUGUUUUGUUCAUCAUCUGCUCAUUCAACCUGUGUCUAUCUGCUCAGCUGUUCUCAUUAAUAAUGAUCCUCCUCGUUUUUGCUCAGUUCUCAUCUGGUUCAGGUCAAACUGUUCAGAUUUUUCAAAAUGCUUUUGCACAGUGUAGCAUGUAAACAGUACGCAAAUGUUGGACAAAUAUAUUCUAUAAAGAGAAUAUGAUGAUGUGACCAUAUUAACUAUGAUUCCUGCAAUAUGAAUAGACCACUGCAUUUCUGGAUAUAAACUUUUCAAGUCUGAGAGAAACAUGUCAAGUACUAUUCUUGGGAAAUAAAAAACAUGCAAUUGGCAAUAUCGCCAUUCAGCUUUUUGAAAAUAUUUUACCUGUUCUUCACUUUCUGUUAAGUUUGUGUCUUCCUUUUUAUGACCAAACAACUGGCCACUGGGAUAAGCUUGUUACCCAGGAUUUCUGAAAUAAAAUGUAUCAUAUC